GAUGGCCUUGCUUUCAACGCCCUUAUCCAUAGACACAGGCCUGAUCUUCUUGACUAUGACAAGUUAGAUGAGGAUGACCCCAUAGGAAAUAUUAACCUUGCCAUGGAAAUUGCUGAAAAGCAUUUGGAUAUCCCUAAGAUGUUGGACGCAGAAGAUGUAGUAAACACUGCCAAACCUGAUGAAAGAGCCAUUAUGACUUAUGUUUCCUGUUACUACCAUGCAUUUGCUGGUGCUCAGAAGGUGAGAUUAACUCUGAAAUCAUGUCCUAAUAUUGUGAACACUCCCAAACCUGAUGAGAGAGCUAUCAUGACAUAUGUGUCCUGCUUCUACCAUGCUUUUGCUGGAGCAGAGCAGGCUGAGACUGCAGCUAACCGGAUCUGUAAGGUGCUUGCUGUGAAUCAGGAAAAUGAGAGGUUGAUGGAAGAGUAUGAGAGACUAGCAAGUGAGCUUUUAGAAUGGAUUCGCCGGACAAUUCCUUGGCUGGAAAACAGGACCCCAGAAAAAACAAUGCAGGCUAUGCAGAAGAAAUUAGAGGAUUUCCGUGACUACCGCCGCAAACACAAACCUCCCAAAGUCCAAGAGAAAUGUCAACUGGAGAUCAAUUUCAACACUCUGCAGACAAAACUGAGAAUCAGCAAUCGGCCAGCUUUCAUGCCAUCAGAGGGAAAAAUGGUUUCAGAUAUUGCCGGCGCUUGGCAGAGACUUGAACAAGCUGAGAAAGGCUAUGAAGAGUGGCUGCUGAAUGAAAUACGAAGACUGGAAAGACUUGAACACUUGGCUGAGAAAUUUAGGCAGAAGGCUUCCACUCAUGAACAGUGGGCGUAUGGCAAAGAGCAGGUCUUGCUUCAGAAGGAUUAUGAAUCUGCUUCUCUGACAGAAGUCCGCGCCAUGUUAAGGAAACAUGAAGCUUUUGAGAGUGAUUUGGCUGCUCACCAGGACAGGGUGGAACAGAUCGCUGCCAUUGCCCAGGAGCUGAAUGAGCUGGACUACCAUGAUGCUGCAAGUGUCAAUGAUAGAUGCCAAAAGAUAUGUGACCAAUGGGACAGCCUGGGAACACUUACUCAGAAACGGAGAGAGGCACUGGAGAGGACAGAGAAAUUGCUUGAAACGAUUGAUCAGCUUCACCUGGAGUUUGCCAAAAGAGCUGCUCCUUUCAACAACUGGAUGGAAGGUGCUAUGGAAGACCUUCAGGACAUGUUUAUUGUUCAUAGCAUAGAGGAAAUUCAGAGUUUAAUCUCUGCACAUGAUCAAUUUAAAGCUACAUUGCCAGAGGCAGAUGGUGAAAGACAGGCCAUACUGUCAAUCCAGAAUGAAGUUGAAAAAGUUAUUCAGAGUUACAACAUGAGAAUAAGCGCAACCAAUCCUUACAGCACUGUUACUGUGGAAGAGAUUCGUAGCAAGUGGGAAAAGGUGAAGCAGCUGGUGCCUCAGAGGGAUCAAUCCUUGCAGGAGGAACUAGCCCGCCAGCAUGCCAAUGAGCGCCUGCGUCGCCAGUUUGCUGCUCAGGCCAAUGUCAUUGGGCCAUGGAUCCAGACCAAGAUGGAGGAAAUUGCCCGCAGCUCUAUUGAAAUGACAGGGCCUUUAGAGGACCAGAUGAAUCAGCUGAAGCAAUAUGAGCACAAUAUCAUUAAUUAUAAACACAACAUUGACAAACUGGAAGGAGAUCAUCAGCUUAUACAGGAAGCCCUGGUGUUUGACAACAAACACACCAACUAUACUAUGGAGCACAUCCGUGUUGGAUGGGAGCUCCUACUUACCACCAUUGCUCGAACUAUCAAUGAGGUUGAGACUCAGAUCCUCACAAGAGAUGCCAAGGGUAUCACCCAGGAACAAAUGAAUGACUUCAGAGCAUCAUUCAAUCAUUUUGACAGGAGGAAGAAUGGAUUGAUGGACCACGAUGAUUUCAGAGCUUGCUUAAUUUCAAUGGGUUACGAUUUGGGUGAAGCUGAGUUUGCCCGAAUCAUGUCUCUGGUUGACCCCAAUGGGCAAGGAACCGUCACUUUCCAGUCCUUCAUUGACUUCAUGACCAGAGAAACGGCAGACACAGACACAGCUGAGCAAGUGAUAGCUUCCUUCAGAAUCCUGGCUUCAGAUAAGCCUUAUAUCCUGGCAGAUGAGUUACGUCGAGAGCUGCCUCCUGAGCAGGCCCAGUACUGCAUCAAGAGAAUGCCCCCGUACACCGGCCCAGGUUCUGUUCCUGGGGCUCUGGAUUACACCUCUUUUUCGUCAGCACUGUAUGGAGAGAGCGACCUCUGAAUCUGAAAUUGGCCAUAUUCAUGGUAGACACUAAAAAUACCCACCAUAUUGCCCAGAUUGCUUCUCAAAAGCUUUGACGAGCUGAUUUAAAAACGAUUUGUUUUACAAAUACAGUAGGUACCAUCAGUGUAAAGUGCUAGUAACUAAAGUAACUAGUGUAUAUUAAAGUGUGCAGCACGCUAGAUUUCUGCAUUGUUGGUUUUAGGUUGUCUGUCCUAUACAAUGCUAGAAAAUAUA